AACCCACGCACCCACCCACCCACCCUCUCCCUCCCCCAUCGUUUCUUUCUUGCACCACCACUUCUAUAAGCUUUGCUUUGUUCUUUUGGGUUUUUUUAUUCCUUCCUCAAGAAUAAAUGUAUAUAUAAGUAGAGAGUGGGCUUUAAGAGGGCUCUUAUCUUUGUAGGGUUUCUUCAGCUUUGUAAAUAUUUUCAAUAUUUUUGUUGCAUGAAUUACAGCUCUUUGACCGAUCUUCUUGUUCAUUCGGGUAAUGCUUGAAGGUUGUUUUAAAAUCCGAAAACUGUAAAAUCCGUUUGUGGAACUGUGGUGUACUAAAGAAGGUAGCUUCUUUUAGCUGCAAAUUAGUGCAGUUAGAGGUUUCAGUAUUGGUGAAGUUUGGUUUGAGUCAAUAGUGAGUUGAAUCAUGGGUUAUAUUUGUGAUUUUUGUGGGGAGCAAAGGUCCAUGGUUUAUUGCCGGUCAGAUGCUGCAUGCUUAUGCUUAUCAUGCGAUCAAAUUGUUCAUUCUGCUAAUGCCUUGUCCAAGCGUCACUCACGGACCCUCUUAUGUGAAAGAUGCAAUUCACAACCUGCAUUAGUUAGACACGUGGAAGAAAGAAUCUCUCUUUGUCAGAAUUGUGAUUGGAUGGGCUAUGGCUCCUCAACAUCAGCUUCCACACGUAAAAGGCAAACGAUCAAUUGUUACUUUGGCUGUCCAUCAGUUUCUGAGCUUUCUUCAAAAUGGCCAUUCAUUUUAGACUUCCCUUCUGGGGGUGGAUCUACUUGUGAGCAGGAGUUGGGUUUAAUGAGCAUUGCUGAAAAUAGCACCAAAAACACCUGGGGUCCGACAGAGAAUACUAUUUGCCAUAGUGCAUCUGGAAUUGCUGGGGUUAAUGACAGGUGUGAAAUAGCUAAAUCAGGUGUUUGGCAUGAGGCUUCUUCAGUACCUGAAUCAAGCUCUGUGCCAAACAAUUUAGACCAGCCAACCAGAUCUCCAAAUUCAUCUUUGCCAAAGUUAUACUGUCCUGGGACUAAGUGUCCUGCACGCUAUGAAGAUGCUGAUCUUUAUGAGGACUUCAAUAUGGCUGAAAUGGAUUUGAAUCUUGAAAACUAUGAAGAACUAUUUGGUGUUACCCUCAAUAAUUCAGAAGAGCUUUUUGAGAAUGGUGGCAUUGAUAGCUUAUUUGGGACAAAGGACAUGCCCAUUGUUGAUUCCAAUUGUCAGGGUGCAGUUGCAGCUGAGGGGUCAUCAGUUGGACUGGUCAACACAAUACAGCCAACAUGCAGCAACGCACCAUCUCCUGGUUCUAUGAUUAGUACUAAGACUGAACCAAUCCUUUGUUUUACGGCAAGGCAAGGCCAUUCCAGCCUAUCAUUUUCUGGCCUUACUGGAGAGAGUAAUGCUGGAGAUUAUCAAGACUGUGGAGCAUCUUCAAUGCUUCUCAUGGGAGAGCCUUCAUGGUGUCCCCCAUGCCCUGAGAGUCCUUUACCUUCAGCUAACCGAAGUGAUGCGGUAAAGCGUUACAUGGAAAAGAAAAAGACACGCAAGUUUGAAAAGAAAGUGAGGUAUGCGUCUCGCAAAGCAAGGGCAGAUGUAAGAAGGCGUGUGAAGGGUCGUUUUGUCAAAGCUGGUGAUGCUUAUGAUUAUGACCCACUGAGCCAAACAAGAAGUUUCUGAGUGUGCAUUUGUAAACCAUGUUUUUUGGAAGAAUAAAAGGAAAGAAACCGAUCUUCAGUUUGGAGAGACUUGAUAUUAUUUCCUAAACAACAGAUGUUGAUACAUUAUUUUCCUUGUGCAAUGACAGGCUAUACGAUGGUAUCAUUGGGGUCCAGGUAUUUGUGGGGAGAAAAGGUGGAGUAUGGAAGUAAAGGAGCUGGUUUCUGAUGCUUCACCAAAAAGUUCUGAUAAACAGAAACGAAAGAUGGUUUCUGACAUCAUCCAUCAAGAUUGCCUGAUUGCCUUGCCUUGACACUGGAAGUUUUCAUUUCCUUUCCACUUCCCUGAGCAGCUUCAUCUGUUUCAUUUUUUACUCCAGGGAAAAUAUACAUAUUUGUCCGACCAUAAAAAUGCUCAAUGCUCAUAAUGCUGACUAUUAAUCCUCUAAGCUCCUGCUCAGGUCAGUUGCCAGGUUGGCCAAAGAUCUUGCCGUUGUAAUUUUUCUUUUAUUCUUUCUUUCUCUCCAUUUGACAUGUAUAUAUCACAGGAUUUAUACUUUUAGUUGAGAGGAUAUGAUGUCUGGCCUGAACCAGUUGUAGGGUAGGAGAAAACUAGAGUUGUGGGUUUGUAAAUAUGACCGGAUUGAUUAUAUAUGCUGUAUUUUUAA